ACGUGAGACGCGUUCCACAGGAGUAUCUAUAGGCAUACUCAUUUGAUAAGAUAAAAUGAACUAUUUUAAUGUAAUGAAAUAUAAGAUAUUUCUCCUCAUUCUCACUAUUUAGAAAAAGUACAUUUUGAGCAAAAAGUAACAAAUAAUCGGUUAUAUUUGAUCACUUAGAUUGUUAUUUUUUGUUGCGUAAGAUGUGUUUAAGCAUCAUAUCGGUAAUUCCCGUAUGUGAUUAUAAUCCGAGAAAGAUCUAAUUCUUGACUUUAAAUUGCAGAGAUUGUGGUGGAAUCAGGAAUCAUAUUCUUUUCAUUUAUUUAGCUCAUCAAUGAGACACUGCUAAUAAUAAUAAUAAUAAGCAUUGUCUUCGAUUCCGAAAAUUGAGUGCAGAAUUUCACAUGACCGAGCAAACCCAGUUGCGACCUGCAUAUUUUGUUACAUCUGACACAGAUAUAUCUUUGUAGCUGUAGUAGUUGACAGUACUGGCAAUAAUCAACAUACACAUACAUUUAUGUCUAUGACUGUGAAUAAAUGUGCAAUGACUCAGCCAAUAAGACAAAGUGUAUUGGUGCAUACAUGAUGAAUGGAAUAAUGAGAACUCUUCAACAUGGCAAGGGGAGGGAGCCGAUGUAGGAGCUGUGCUAUUCUAAAUUCACUGGAGCUAAACGACUUAUUCGUGUAGAAUCACCAGGUUAUCGUUGCAGCAGUAAGGCUACAUGAGUGGGGCACCAUCCUAUCAUAAAAACCGGGUGCUCCGGUACAUUGCUACGCCAUAGAUCUUAACAACAAUCCGAGGCACGUACAAACCUUAUAGGGCAUCUGCUGCUGUGAUAAAUUCUGGUUCAGAAUAAACCAUGGUAGUAAAUUUCCGCUCUCAAAACUAUUCCAAGAUAAAGAAAAGCUGUCUUGAAAAGGGAGUUUUAUUUGAGGACGUAGAAUUCCCAGCCAAUGAAAAGUCUUUAUAUUUUGAUAAAGUAGAUCCCGACAUAUUAUGGAAACGGCCAAAGGAACUCUGUAAAGCUCCUCGUCUUGUGGUCGAUGGAGCUACCUGCGAUGACCUUGUGACAGGGGAAAUAAAAAGUACUUGGUUCAUCACAGCGUGCACGGCCCUGGCCCAUGAACCAAAGCUGUGGAACAAGGUUAUUCCGGAUAUCAAGAACCAGGAGUUCAGUGACACCAGUCCCUAUGCUGGUAUUUUCCGUUUUAACUUUUGGAGAUUCGGCCAAUGGAUAGAGGUUGUGAUAGAUGAUAGACUACCUACAAAAGAAGGACAAUUAAUCUUUAUACACUCCAACCAGAAAAAUGAGUUUUGGUCAGCACUUUUGGAAAAAGCUUAUGCCAAAUUGUUUGGUGACUACCAAUCAAUGACCUCAGGUCAAACUUCGGAUGCUCUUGUCGAUUUUACUGGUGGAUUGGCUGAAUUACUGGACUUAGAGUCUUAUGAUUUGGAGGAUGAAAAUAUCAAAAAAAUGUUGUUUAAAAAACUGGAGGCAGCUUACGAAAAGAGAAGUUUGAUGACCUGUGUAAUUGAGGUUGCUGAAGAUGAGAUAGGAGAGGAUGGACCAGAAGGACUAGUCUUGGGUCAAGGCUAUAACAUCACUAUGGUCAAAACUUUUGAAAUACAGAAAACAUUGAGAAAAAGUUUUGGUGAAACACUCUGCUUAAUUAGGCUGUUUAAUCCCUGGUCAGGAAGAGAAUGGACUGGACAUUGGUCAGAUGAAUCAGAUGAGAUCAAAAGACUUUCACUGCAGGAAUGGGAGAGAAUGGGCAUUCAGUUCGGGAAAGACGGAGAAUUUUGUAUGGAAUUUGAUGACUUCUUAAACUACUUCACUAAAGUGGAUAUUUGCCACUUUGUAAACACCAACUUUUUCACACUUAAAAAAUCCUGGUAUGAGACACUGUUUUUUGGUGAGUGGAGCAUUUCUGGUAGGAAUGGAGGAAAUGACCCUGAAAUACAGACAUUUUUAGCCAAUCCACAAUAUAUGUUUGAUCUUCCUACAAUUGACAGUGUUAUGAUCUCUGUGGAACAAGAAGAUGUCACUCAAACUAGAGUUGCCAUUAGGGAAAAUAAAAACAAUAUUGGAUUUUAUAUUUACAAGGUUGAGUCUAAUCGAGAAUACAGAUUACAUCUUUUAGAAGAACAAGUAUUUCAAUCAGACUUCCUCUAUUUAAGAAAUGUUUUUGGGUCUUGCAUUUUGAACAAAGGUCGCUAUGUAGUAUUUCCAUGUUGUGAACAACCCCCAGGAGCUUCUGCUGUGGGCUUGUUUCUGCUAAGAUUCUAUUCUACUUGUAGAGUCUCAUCUAAGGAAUUGAAGCUGGAUUGCCCUACCUCUAAUUGCUGCAGUUCUUACAAACUAGUCACUACUGUUUUUGUCAAGAAUGCUGAAGGUCUUCAGAUGCCCCCAAGUGAAAAAGGAACUUUAGAUCCAUUUGUCGUAGUGAAAUGUGAGGGUACCAAAGCACGAUCAGAUGUACUACAUAAUGAGCCAAACCCAACAUUCAACUUUAAGUGUACAUUUUACAGAAAGAAGCCAAAUUACUCCAUAUUUAUUGAGGUUUAUUGCAAAAAAACUGUUUUUGAUGUAUUUUUGGGAGAAGCCAGAAUUGAUAUGACAGAUCUGACUAAAGAUGAAGAAAGCUGUGAUGAGAAAUCACAAAGUGCAGGUAACUCAAAGCUGAUUAUGAAAUGCUGAUUUCAAAGUUAUAAAAUGGUGAAGAAAGAAAUUUGCAACUCUACGCCAAACAAAGAAGAGGCUCAUUUCCUCGAGAGAAUCCAGGGAAACUCUUUGUCUUCUUUCGAUCGUCAAGCGACCUUCAAGCUCUGUAACAAAGAAGUCCUACUCUAACAUGGAAGUCCUACUCUGUAACAAUGAAGUCCUACUCUGUAACAAA